GUUUCCAAUUCCUACCACGUGGUCGCAGCGGGGUCAGCGUCUGCCUAGCCAAGGUCACCGAGAGGGACGGCGUCGGGGCAGGCCCUGGCCGCUGUGUCUGGGAAUCUUUGCGGUGCCCUGCGUGCGCCACCUGUUAGUGCAAGCUGGUCCUCUCCACCGGGUUAAACCUGAUCAAGAUGACAACCUCCCAAAAGCACCGAGACUUCGUGGCAGAGCCCAUGGGGGAAAAGCCAGUGGGGAGCCUGGCCGGGAUUGGUGAAGUCCUGGGCAAGAAGCUGGAGGAAAGGGGCUUUGAUAAGGCUUAUGUGGUUCUUGGCCAGUUUCUGGUGCUAAAGAAAGAUGAAGAUCUCUUCCGAGAAUGGCUUAAAGACACGUGUGGUGCCAAUGCCAAGCAGUCCCGGGACUGCUUUGGGUGCCUUCGAGAAUGGUGCGAUGCCUUCUUGUAGUGCACUCUGGGGACUCCUCAGUCCCCCCAGCCACAGAAUCUAGUCUCCAGAGUCAGCAGCUGGGUGGGGCUCCUCCCUGUCCCCAUGAAGGAAAAGAUUGCUGUUGUCACAGUCACCUCCUUUGUACUCGGGGUCUUUUGGGAGUUCUCUUCCCCAUAGCCUUUCGUCCGUUUUGGAAUUCUUGCCCUUGCAUGCCUUGCCCCUCCUCUCCCUGCAGGUCCAUGGCAGCAGCUACCUGCUUUCCUGAAUGGAUAUCUGGCCCCUUUCUCCCUCCCUUCACCAUCUGUUGGAUGCCCUUUGCCUCCCCCCCCUUUUUUGGGGGGCAAAAAUAGUCACUCUCCAUAUAAAUAUUUCUAGAUUAAUAAAGUCAGUGGCCUUCCUA